UUAUACAUGUGCUUUUUCACUACCGAACCUUAUCUUCCUUAAAACAAUGGCCAUUUUCUCUUCUCUUCCAACAAUGGAUUCUCCAAUCCCUGCUAUUAGCUUUACAUCAAUGAUUAUCUCCCUUCUCCUUUUCAUGAUCAUGGCAUACAAAAUAAUAAUGAUGAAAAACCCUAACAAUAAAUCCCUCAAGUUACCACCAGGGCCAAACAAGCUACCAAUAAUUGGAAACAUACACAACCUUUUUGGCUCACCACUUCCCCACCAUACAUUGAGAGAUUUAUCCACAAAAUAUGGACCCUUGAUGCAUCUUAAGCUAGGUGAAGUUUCAACUAUAGUGGUAUCUUCACCUGAAUAUGCCAAGGAGUUCUUGAAAACCCAUGACCUAAAUUUUUCAUCAAGAACUCCUAUUCUAGCUUCAAAGAUAAUGUCCUAUGGUUCUAAGGGUUUAUCUUUUUCACCAUAUGGUGAUUAUUAUAGACAUUUAAGAAAGAUUUGUGUGUUGGAGCUUUUAAGCUCUAAACGUGUCCAAUCUUUCCAACCAAUCAGAGUUGAAGAACUCAACAAUCUCAUCAAAUUGAUUGCUUCAAAAGAAGGGUCGCCUAUCAAUCUUUCCAAACAAGUGUUCUCAACAAUAUCUACUAUUGCUUCAAGGUCUGCUUAUGGCACCAAGUGCAGGUACCACAAGGAAUUCAUAUCAGUUGUUAGAGAAGCUACAUUGAUUUCAGGAGGUUUUGAGAUUGGAGAUUUGUACCCUUCUAUUACAUGGCUUCAAUAUGUCUCUGGAUUGAAGCCCAAGCUUGAGAAAUUGCACCGAGAAGCUGAUCAAAUAAUGCAAAACAUUUUCAGUGACCAUAGAGAGAUGAAAGCAUCACAAGAACAGAGUGAUGAUGUAGAAGCAAAUGAGUACCUCUUAGAUGUGCUCUUGAAAUUCCAGGAUAGUAAUAAUCAGCAAGAGUUUCAAUUAACAGAUGAUAGUAUCAAGGCUGUGAUAUUGGACAUUUUUGCAGCCGGAACAGAGACAUCAGCUACAACCGUAUUGUGGGCAAUGGCAGAGAUGAUUAAGAAUCCAUUGAUAAUGAAGAAGGCACAAGCUGAAGUAAGAGAAGUACUUGACAAAGAAGGAAUAAGUGGCAUUGAAAAACUAAAAUACUUGAAAUCAGUUGUGAAAGAGACACUGAGAUUGCACCCUCCUGGUGCAUUUUUACUUCCAAGAGAAUGUGGACAAGAUUGCGAGAUCAAUGGAUAUCACAUACCUUCCAAAAGCAAAGUAAUAAUCAAUGCUUGGGCGAUUGGGAGAGACCCAAAUCAUUGGGUUGAGGCUGAAAGGUUCAACCCUGAAAGGUUCAUGAAUAGCACUAUUGAUUACAUAGGAAACAACUUGGAACUCAUUCCUUUUGGUGCUGGAAGAAGAAUGUGCCCAGGAAUCACGUUUGGGGUGGCGAGCACUGAGUCUACACUUGCAAUGUUGUUGUAUCAUUUUGAUUGGAAGCUUCCCAAUGGAAUGAAGAUUCAGGAGUUGGAUAUGUCGGAAAUUUUUGGAGUGGCAGUAAUGAGAAAAGAAAAUCUAUGCCUUGUUCCCAUUACUUCUCGUCCUAUACGCAACUGAAGGUUUAUGACAACAAAAACUAUGGCAAAGAUAAAAUCAAGUUGUUAAUUGUUGUAAGAUCAAAUAAGUGUAGUGUGUGUUUGUUUGGUAGGUAGAGAUGUUCAUCUUAUUUCCAUAAUUGGUCUUGUAUGUUGAAUACAUUA